AUGCCAACUUCCAAUAAUCGGUUGGAACCAGUGGCUAUUGUAGGCAUAGCCUGCGAAUUUGCUGGUGAUAUUCAUUCUGCCAACGAUUUAUGGCAUGCAUUGAGAGACAGUCGAGAUGUGGGCAGUGCAAUCCCGCGUGAUCGAGUAGAUUUCGAGUCUUAUUGUGCUCAUAUGUUGAACAAAGAUAAUGAUGGACAAUUUCGACAGAAACUUAUUCGGCGUGGGUAUUUCCUAUCGAAUAACCAAUGGGAUAUGUUUGAACCAAGUUUCUUUGGUCUGUCCGACGCCGAGGCAGGUAGUAUUGAUCCAUGUCAUCGACUACUGAUGCUCAAAUUUGUACAUUUACUUGAUGAUGCUGGUUACAGUAUGGAGAAAAUGAAUGGUUCAAAAACAUCCGUAUAUAUUGGACAAUUUUCCACAGAUCAUGCUAUAACAUCAUUCCGCAUGGAGCCUGAACAUCGAUCGAGAUUUCAUGGUCCAAAUAGUUUGCUCUACAAUGCUGCUGCUCGAUUAUCGUAUCAUUUCAAUUUACAAGGUCCUAAUGUAUCACUAGAUGUUGCUUGUUCAUCGUCGCUGGAGGCUGUACAUUUAGCUGUGCAAAGUCUUCGCACAAAAGAAGCAGAUAUGGCUGUAUGUGGUGGAGUGAAUGCUGUCUAUUCGCCUGAGACUCUUUUAUGGAAUUCGAUCAUGGGCGCUGUAUCACCUGAUGGACGAAGUCGAUCGUUUAGCGUCGAUGCAAACGGUUAUGCGAAAGGCGAGGGUCUUGGUCUUCUACUAUUGAAACGACUGAGUGAUGCUGAACGUGAUAAUGAUCGUAUAUAUUGUGUUCUUCGUGAUGUACUUAGUAACCAUGAUGGGAAUGAAGAUAAGAACAAUAUUGCUGUUCCAUCAGCUGACGGUCAGACACGUUUGCUCAAUGAUAUUUACAAACGGGCAGAGUUUGAUCCUCGACGUAUUUUUUAUAUUGAAGCACACGGCACUGGUACACCUACGGGUGAUCCUAUCGAAGCUAAUUGUUUAGGUCAAUUUUUCAAUCGAUCUUGUUUUGAUCCUCCAUUACUAAUUGGUUCUAUUAAAAGUAAUUUAGGACAUACAGAAGGAGCUGCUGGCAUUGCCGGAUUGAUUAAGAUUGCUAUGUGUAUGUAUCAUCAAACUAUUCCACCAAAUAUGCACUUUACAUCAUUAAAUCCAAAUAUUGAAGCACGACGAUAUAAUUUUCAUGUCGUCCAACAUUCUGUACCAUUUCCUUUUGGCAAUAAUUUUGAUUCCGUAGCUAUGGGCGUUAAUUCAUUUGGCAUGGGAGGCAAUAAUGUUCACGCUAUUGUUGAAGAAUAUCAAGUAAAUAAAACUUCAGCUAUGAACAAUUUUGAAAAUCGCCAUGUUCAUGUUCAGAAAAAUGAUGUCGUGAGUAAACAAUAUUUCAUUUUUAUCUUCUCAGCUAAAAGUCGUAAAUCUCUAAACAAUCAAGUAGCUCAAUUUAAUCAAUGGUUACAAAAGACAUCAAUAACAGCGAUGUGCAAUAGUUAUUCAUUUCUUCAACGUAUCUCUCAACAACUUCUUAUAAAGCGUACUAUUAGUCAUGCACACUUAGCCAUCUUUGUAUUUGCUGAUAUUAAACAACUUCAGGAACAAAUCAACGCCUUUCUUGCUGAAGAGUCAUUACCUGGUCUUUCUAUAUUCGUGCGUCCAACAAUAUCACUGGAAAAUAUAUGUUUCGUUUUUAGUGGACAAGGUCCUCAAUGGUGGGCGAUGGGUCGACAAUUGUAUGAAAGUGAACCUGUUUUUACUCGAUGGAUUCAAUUAAUCGAUGCUGAAAUGACAAAGAUUAACAAUGGUGAAUGGCAUCUAUUGGAAGAAUUAAUUGACAAAACAAGUGAAGACGAAUCUCGUAUUAAUGAUACAAAUAUUGCUCAAUCAGCUUUAUUUGCUAUUCAAGUUGGACUCGCUGCUUUACUUGUCUCAUGGAAUAUUUAUCCUUCAACAAUUGUCUCACAUAGUGCCGGAGAUCAGGCAGCUGCUUUUGUUGCCGGUCGUCUCACUUUGCAAGAAGCUGUUUGUAUUGUUUAUCAUCGAUCACGUCUUCAGAAUCGUAAUACACGACAAGGUGGUCGUAUGUUAGCCGUGUCCAUGAGUGAAGAAGAAGUACAAAAUAAACUUCUCAAGGGUAUUGAACAUCUUGUUUGUAUUGCUGUUGUUAAUAGUCCUCGUUCAGUAACAUUAAGUGGAGAUGAAAAGAUUAUCGAUGAAUUACAACAGACACUCUCAACAUUCUAUCCAAAUGUAUUCAAAGCUCGUCUUCGUAUUGAAAAUGCAUUUCAUUCUUAUCAGAUGGAUCGAUUUGAGAUAGAAAAAGAGAUGUUAUCAUCACUUAAAGAUAUCCAAGGACUUCCUCUGAAAGACUCUCAACUAAUGUUCAAUCUAAAAUGUGCUGAAGCUAAUCUCUAUUCGAGUGUAACUGGUAAUAAAUUAAGUGAUCAGAUACCGGUCGAUGCUCAUUAUUGGUGGUUAAAUGUGAGACAAUGUGUUCGAUUUCAUGAUGCUAUGGUAUCGAUUCAACAGCAUGAUGCUCCAACUGUUUUUCUUGAACUCUCACCACAUCCAGUAUUGGCUACAUCUAUUCAAGAAUGUUACCAAUCGAUAAAUAAUCAACCACUUAUACUUCCAACAUUGAAACGAAAAGAAAAUGAACAAAUAACAUUACUUACUAGCCUCGCACAACUAACGACAUCGUCCCAUGUUUGGCAACAAUAUUUUCAAACUCGAGAUAUAUUACCGACAGUAGAUAGUGAACAAUUAUUUGAUGAUUUUCCAUUGUAUACAUUUGAUCUUAGUUCAUGUUGGUAUGAAUCAAAAGAUUCAGUUAUUACACGUUUGGCUAAUCGUAUUCCUAUUCAUCCUCUACUUGGUGUCCGUCAAUUAACAGGACAAACAAGUGCUACAUGGAAGAGUCUCAUCAAUAUUAAUCUACCACAAUAUGCUUAUUUGAAAGAUCACAAAAUUCAAAAUGCAAUCCUUUUCCCUGCUGUUGCUUAUCUUGAACUUGUGACAGCUGCUUGCCACCAAUUAUUUCUAUCAUCAGAUAAUAAACAAUCUUCACUUGUUUUGAAACAAAUCAAAUUUGUCAGAGCUCUCACUCUUAGUGAACAUGAGUUAACAGAAGUGUUCACACAAAUUGUCAUACCAGUUCGUGAAUGGUUUGUCUACAGUCGACCAUGGACAUCAGCUGGUUCAGAUUGUAUGCGUUCAUCAGGCAUAGCAAGCGUUGAUGUUGUCGAUUCUUUUAUCGAUCCUCAAACUCUCAAUCAAUAUUCAUUACGUGAAUUCACUCUACAUGCUCAUGGUUAUAUUGAGAUGGCUGGUGUUCAACAAAAAUCAACAACAUUACUUUCUACCAAUCCAGCUUACAAUACAUGGUCCACGACUGAUGCAAACAGUAUUUAUACACAUUUGUUAACACGAGGUUAUCAAUAUGGACCUUCUUUUCGAAACAUACAAUCAUUAUGUGGUACGACAUGUACAAUUAUUGCUCAAAUCCAGAGUAAUCUUGAUACAAUUAUUGAUCUUUCGUGUUAUCAUUUGCUUCAUCCAACUAUAGUAGAUACUUUUUUGCAGUCACCUGUACUUUUGUUACCUGGUGUUGAUUUUACAGUACUUCCGGUUAGUAUCUACAAAUUUAUUGUUACAAACAGAGUGAACACAUCCUACUCAAAUGUUGAACUGCAUGGAAAUUAUCAUGAUACCAUUUGUGGCCUAAGUCAAGAGCGAACAUAUACUUGUGACUUAUUGAUUCUACCUAGUGACGACAAGACAAUCAAUGAACCGAUGUUCAUUUUUGAAGGUCUUACAUAUCAAGAAGUUCAAGGUGUACAAUCUGGUCGAUGGAGAUUAGAAAAGUCUGUUUUUGAUAAAUUAAAUUCAGGUAUUGAUUUGCCUAAUGUAGAUCGUUGUGAGCAAUUAGAUACAAUUAUACGAGAUUAUUGUAUGGAAAGAAUAUGGGUAGAUUCACCAAUAAUAACAAGUGCAGCUGACUUACUUCCAUCACUUGAUCAGUUUCGUAAUGGUGGAAUCGAUGUUGUUAGUAAUCGAGAUUUGAUUGACUCAAUUGAACCAUUUAACGAAUUAGCUGCAUGUUAUGCUCAAAUAGCAAUAAAAGAUCUCGAUCAAAAUCUUGUCAAUAAUCUGCUUGGUCCUUUAUUAAAUGCAUGCCACUCUCUUGUUACUAUUUUACAUGAACCAAUAACAUUACAUUUUAUACAACUUCGUUUUAGACAUUUAUUUGAUCGUUUUCCUCGUCUCAAACCACUUCUGAUCUCACUGGACACAUAUGGUUCACGUCUGAAAGAUAUUUUUUGUGGACAACAGAAUGGAUUCGACGUAUUCUUUGGAAACAACGACACUGAACAAACAUUGCAACAAAUACAAACGAUUAUCAGCGGAAAUAAAAUACAACAGAUAUUUCAUGCAAUAUGUCAACAUCUUCACAUCUUACAUUAUGAGAGUAGCCAUGGAUCACUCAGCGAUAGACGAUUACGUAUAUUUUGGUAUGCUAGUGGCGAACAUUUGGACGUUCUACCUGUUCUUCAUCUUUUACUUAAUUUAUCUCGUCAAACAGGUUUAUGGAUAGACUUACAUUAUUCGGAUAUGAAUCCAGUACAUCUCGCACAAGCUGAACAACUGUUUGAGACACAUCUAGCUGAUCAAACUCAUUUAAAUAUAAUAUACGAUCAAACAAUUGACUUGUUUAACAAUGAAAUCCUUGAGAAAAUUCCAUUCGAAUCGUUCGAUAUUGUGUUUGCUGCAAAUAAAGUACAGGAUUGUGAAGAUUUGAUGAGAUCAUUAAUAAAUCUUCGCCAUCUACUUGUUCCCAAUGGUCUUCUUUUAUUACUUGAAUUAACUGA